GCAGGGCGGCCGGUGUUUCCCGACGCGAGUCGAGUGGCUCCGAGAGUGAGCAGAGCCCGACAUGUUCCGAGCAUCUUCUAAAUGUUGAGCCCGAGUCGUGAAGUGCUGCUCUUGAGGGGGGCGAGGUUGAAAGGGAGGGAGACGACGAGGCAGAAAACAGGCAGCAUCCACGCAGAUUUUCACCUCUGAAAGCAUCUCUCCGCAUCUCCUCCGCGACAGCAGCGCGGCUCCACCCGGUCAGUCUAAGGUAGACUCAAAGAAAUCAGCCAACAUGCUGGCAGCCCGUGUUAUUGUUCUCAGCUUUCUGGUCAUUACAGCUCUUUGUGCCUCUGUAAAAGUACAACCCAAUGAGGACACCAUCACCUUAUUCCAUGGGGAGGAUUUCCACAUCCUACUUCCCUCGCUCGACGUGGAGAUUACGUUUAAGAACAAGUCAUCUCCUCGGUCGCCUGAAGUUGUCCUGCUGAGGGGCACCAAAGAAGUCAGCUCUCGGGUCAAACUUAACCAGUACCAUAAGCACCUGGUUAUUGAGGCUGUGGAAGAGGGGGAUGAGGGCAUCUACACCGUGAAGAAUCCAGAUUCUCCAGAUGAAGCGAAACGCAUUGUGCUCUAUGUACGAGAUUGCUCCAACGAGGAAAUUAUUAAAUACGGAGGCAAUUUAAAAAUGUCGCUGUCGGGGGUUGAUCUUCCCAUCACUCUUGAAUACAGGCCCAGUGCUGUGGAAGCCAACCAAACGUCGAGUCCAGCUUUGGUGAUCCGGACCAAUACAGGGACAACCACCAAGCCCUACCGAGGUCGUAUCAGCGUUGAUGAUCGCUACGUCACCAUCAGCGAUGUCACUGGUGCAGAUGAGGGCAGCUAUGCUGUGAGUGACGCUAAAGGUGACAUCAAGAAGAAAGUGUGUCUGAAUGUCAAAGAGCAUCAAAACUUUGUGACCCUCCCGCAUGGUAAGAAACUGAAGAUCAACCUGAUACUCAACAGCUCUUUGGUCCACCUUUACUACAUCCCCGACAAUGACCCCACGCCACGUCUGCUUCUGGACAAGGGAGAAUUUACAAGUGCCCGAACUGAGCUGGGUCUGGAGGACCGUCUCACUAUGGAGGGUUCAUUGGUUUACCUGGAUCAGGUCAAGAGUGCGGAUGUAGGGGUGUUCAAAAUCACAGAUUUACAGGGAUUCACUGUGUCCACUAUCCACCUGGGACUACUACCCUACAGACUGGAGUCGCUGUAUGUGGCCAUCAUUGCCCUGUUGGGCCUGCUGGUUUUCCUUCUGCUUGUUUGCCUGCUGUCCUGCCUGAUCAAAGUGAAGAAAAGAGCCAAGAGGGCCGCUGCCCUGGAGAAGAUUGCCCAGAAUGCUGGCAAAGAGGAUGAGGGAGAGGCUUUCAGACAGGUGGUCAAGAACAUCACCAAACUCAGUGAGGAAUCCAAGCAUUCCCAGGCUGACACCACAGAGAAAUCCCAGAGCACCGAGGUAGACAUUAAGGGUCUGGAGGUUUCCUCUAAAGAGGUUGGGGUCGGUAACCUAGAGACCAGUGAUUCUGGUGUCGGCUUUAACACCGCCCUUCCACUGGACACUGACACUGAUGCCCCUGACCAAAUCCCCGACUCUGAGGCUGUUAGCAUCUCUGAAUCCAAACCAAGUCCUCCGGCUGCUGCUGAGUGUAAGCCAAGCGCCCCACCAGCUAUGGAAAUGCAGUCCAGUCCAAUACCUGAAACUGAAGUUAGCCCAGCCCCUGACACUAAGAAAACCCCUGAACACCCUGUAGAAGCCAAGUUGGAUCAACCCAAACCACCAGAUGUUAAAAUCUUCCCAACCCCCAGCCCUGAACCCACUGCGGCUCCAGCUGAUUCAAAGCCUCCACCCAGCCCUAGCCCAGAGCCCAAGCCAGCUGUUCCCAAAGCCACCGCUCCAGCACCUGAGAGUAAGAGUGCCCUAACUCCCACACCUGAGUCCCCUAAACCAACCACACCGGAACCUAUUACCAACGGUACACCUGAACCAGGGCCAGAGUCCAAACCCAGCCCAGAUCACACUGAUAUUAUUGGAAGCUCGGCUCCUAAAGCGGUCCCUCCUAAAACCCCUGAAGUGGAGCUGAAAUCUAGCGGUGCUGCACUAGAAUCCAGCAAAGAUGGCACCCUGGCUGAUGAUUCAACCACUACCACCUGAGCACUGCAAAAGCAGAAAGGAAGUCUCAUCGAUGUGUUCCAUCUACCACCACUGUAGACAAUCGAGCACCCCCUACCAAAUGAGGAAACCACUGCAGCUGGGGCGAGGACGUGUAACAUGUAACAUCUCUAAUGCCUAAUGAACACUGUAUUACCUUCACCUGUCUAUAACCAACACUAAAACCUUUGAGACUUUCUAAAACAGUUCAACAUAACAAAGACGGCAGUUGAUUGUUAAACAUUUUAGUUGUACACACCUUGCAGCCUCAUUUUUUGGUAAUUUUACAGUAAAACUGCCAGACUGCAAAUUCUUUUGCAGAGUUUACAACUAAAAUGUUAACUUCAAGUAAGGUAUUUUCUAAAACAUUCAGAGAGGUUUACAGUAUUUCCUUAAAGCAACACAUAAUUGACCUUAGAUGCGUGUUCCUCUGUCAGGUUUUUAUUUUUUAAUUUUUUUUUAGCUUGUGUCGUUCUAAACCUAAAUCUGUUAAUAAUCCACUAUUUAUAGUUUCUGGGACUGACAGUCAGAAUCCCAGCGGAUGUCUCAGAUGAUUAAAAUUUGUUUUGCAGACUGAUCCCUCAAGUCUGGUUCAACCCCUUUAGUGUCUUUGAUCUGGAUUUCCCAGUGGCUUCAUCAAAUCUCAGUGCUCCCCCAGUUUAAUGAAAAGCUUGUGUUAGCAGAAUCUUAACAGGACCACCCUGUUCCCACUGUAUGUUGGGCUUUCCAAUAAUGAAAUACUGACACCAAGUGUGUGGUGACUUCAAAUACUUUUUUCUUGCUUAUUCUUAUUUAUUUUUUUUCAUCUAUAAUUCUUUUGUUAUUUCCCUCUGCCAUCUCUUCCUUGUCUUUAUUGAGUAAUUUUCUAUUAUUCCCUCCUUGGUUGUCACCAUAUAUGUCCUUCUUAUUCUCUCACAUGUCAUUCUUAGCCACUUAAACACAUGGCCUAUAGGCAGAAGUUAGAAAUUAUUAUUUUUUUUUGUUCUAUGAAAGUGUUUUGCUAACAGUCAGUAUAUGACCUGUUAAAAUAUGAAAAAAAGCUACAAUAUUUAUGGCCCUUAUAGCUUCAAUAUAGUAUGAAGCCCAGGAUCAAUGGCACCAUACAGUCUGUCCAGAGCUGGCCUCAGUGUCCAGUCAACUUAACUGAAUCCCUUUUAAACUCCUUUAUGGAACAGAGGAGGUGUGCAGAUACAUUUUUACAUGACAAAAUGCAUGUCUCUACCUCGUUUUAACUGACCACGCAAACGAGUGACCAUCCAGGUCUGAUGCGCUGAAAUCAACAAAAAGGCAUUUUGGAUCUUUUGGAAUAGCACAAAAUGACAGCUAAGACAAUUCAAUCGAACAAUCAAAGAAAUGUAGGAAAAUUACAAGUGGAUCCAUUUGCAUUCAAGUAGCCUUUCCUUGUAGCUUUGCGGACAAAUAGAUUUUUCUUAUGGUCAAAUAAUUACGAGAUGUUGCAUCUUAAAGAAAGCCAUAAGAUAAGGUUUAGAUGUCAGAUUUGAUACGUUACAUAUAAACCAAUAUAUAAACUAAAAUGACAAGGUGCCUCAAUGUUAAAAACAACAUCAGUUAGUCACACGUGUUACGCAAGAGCAAAUGCAUGCCAGUGUAAAAUGUGUAAAACUAUAUAUAUAUAUAUAAACUAUAUAAUAUAUAUAGAUAUAUACGCCUCCAACCUGCAUUUGUGAGGAAACCACAAACCCAUUUGGCAGUACUGACAAAGCUCUUCAAACAGACAUACUGUACAUACACAAACAGACACACAAAAACCACAAACACACACUUCAGCCUUGUAUAUAUUGCAUGUGUAUGCUUGUUUAACCCUCAUUAUGGCUGAAUGUUUCAGUGUAUAAAGCAGUUGUUGUAUCAAAGUUAAUAAUCAAAAAAAAAAGACUAAAUCUCUCACCAACCUUAAAUCUAAUAUAUAAAUAUAUAUACACACACUAUACUAUAUAUACUAAUAUUCACUAAUGUCUUGAACUAAUUUAACAACCAAAUAUUGUAAAAAAUACAUGAAGACCAUAUUAGCUCUGUUAAGAUCAAUUAUUGCCAUUCCAACCCGACGAUACUCACAACAUAACCUAUCUCUCACAAUAUUUACAUGUCGUACUGAAAUGUUUAACCAAGCGUUGACUGCAUCAUGCCCACAGCACGUUCUGAACGACAGGCGUUUAUCGUCCAGAAGUUGUGCGUCUCUGUGUGUGUGUGCGAUCGGAGGAGUGACGUUUUAAUGUUGCCAUCAGUGUGCGUCGGGGAUUUCUCUGUUUAAAGUCUGUGUGCCUAUGAUGCACGUGUCUUUGAGCGCGGGUGACUGAGUGUGCGCCGAAUCUAUGCACAGUCAGUUUGUACAGAAUGAAACUUGUGUACUUUCCGUGUGCUUCUCCACCUCUUGUGAGUAAGGUAUCCAUGUGCCUGCGUAUAUCGUCUCGCAACGUGCCGAAAACAAGUGCUGUGUUUAAGUCAUGAGUGUGAAUGUGUUUAAAGCCACAAAAAAAAAUUGUAAAAGUUAUUAAUAUUUGAGUGAAUAUUGUCUUUGUUUUAGUGCCUAAAAUGUAUAUUGGAUAGUUGGCUUGUAUUCUGUCAUUAGCCUCUUCCUAAUGACACCUUUUUCAUAUUCAGUAGGAUAUUCACAGAUGUAGAACGCAGUUUGCACACGUGAUUGAACAAUGUAAUAUCACUGACUGGCCUAAGGUAAUGUGAAAGAAAUUUGGAAAGUGAUCUGCCUUGAGAAUAUGUAGCCUGGAGACUGCUGGGUGCGCUUUAUAUGUAAGUGAGGGUGUUUUCUUUAAUCAAGUCUGUGAUGCAGAUUGUGAGUGAAUUCCUGACGGUAGCAGAUGAACGGUAAAGCUUCGUGUGGGGAAACCCCUGCUUUUUGUUGUUGUAAGAAACUGAUGAGAGACGGCUAGUAUAGCAGUUUAUUGCAACACCACCACUCUAUAUAUUGUCAGUGAUUGUAAAACAAAGCCACAGUAGUGAUGUGAGAGAGGCAGAUGGUGAGUGGUGGACACGACAAGCCUUUUGUUUUACACAUUACCAGCAACUCAAAGAAGGCUUGGUCUGGUGGGAGCUAUUACAUCGAAUUGGUGCCGGAGAGAUUCUGGUGUCACGUCCACCUCCGUUAAGCUCCCAAUAGAAACCACUACUGUUAAUACCACUGGUCCUCCUCGCUCUACGGGAGUUGUCAAUGCCCUCUCUGAUUACUGCUGCUGUUCUGGCCUGGUCGUGGUGUGACGUUCCACAUGGUCUCUCUGUACUCUCUUUUUGCACAGCACACCACACAGAUGUUUUGUAAAGACAAAUGUUUUCUUUAUUUCAUGUCUAAAGGAAUACUAAGAAUAAACAAAAGAUUAUGACA